GCUUUCCUACCUGUCUCCUUCCAGCGCAGAUCCCCUAGUCACCUUGAGCUUGUCCUUUCUGAAGCAGUCAUGUCAGUGACAAAGAGUGCUGGGGACCAUCAGGGAGCUGUUACCCUCAAGCUGGACCUUAUGUCAUCUCCCAAGAGCACCAAGGAGCUCCAGAACAAGGACCCCAUUUUCUUGGAUGCAAGGUCUUCAGAAACACCUGGAUUGGAGAAGAGCAAGGGCAUAACAGGGUUCCAGACUUUGGUCCACCUGGUGAAAGGCAACAUGGGCACAGGGAUCCUGGGACUACCUCUGGCCGUGAAGAACGCGGGCAUCCUGAUGGGCCCGCUCAGUUUGCUGGUGAUGGGUUUCAUCGCUUGCCACUGUAUGCAUAUCCUGGUCAGGUGUGCCCGGCACUUCUGCCGCAGGCUUAACAAGCCUUUUAUGGACUAUGGGCAUACCGUGAUGCAUGGACUAGAAGCCAGCCCCAGCGCCUGGCUCCAGAACCACGCCCACUGGGGAAGGCACAUUGUGAGUUUCUUCCUUAUUGUCACCCAGCUGGGCUUCUGCUGUGUGUAUAUUGUGUUUCUGGCUGAUAAUUUAAAACAGGUGGUGGAAGCUGUUAAUAGCACCACCAACCACUGCCAUUACAACCAGACGGUGGUUCUGACGCCCACCAUGGACUCGCGACUCUACAUGCUCUCCUUCCUGCCCAUCCUGGCACUGCUGGUCCUCGUCAGGAACCUCCGGGUCCUCACCAUCUUCUCCCUGUUGGCCAACAUCAGCAUGCUGGUCAGCCUGGUCAUCAUCACCCAGUACAUCGCCCAGGAAAUUCCAGAUCCCAGCCAGUUGCCACUGGUAGCAAGCUGGAAGACCUACCCUCUCUUCUUUGGAACUGCUAUUUUUUCAUUUGAAAGCAUCGGUGUGGUUCUGCCUCUGGAAAACAAGAUGAAGGAUGCCCGCAGCUUCCCCGCCAUCCUGUCUUUGGGAAUGUCUAUCAUCACCGUCCUGUACAUUGGCAUCGGGGCUCUGGGCUAUCUGCGCUUUGGAGGUGACAUCCAGGCCAGCAUAACCCUUAACCUGCCCAACUGCUGGCUGUACCAGUCAGUCAAGCUCCUCUACAUCAUUGGCAUCCUAUGUACCUACACGCUACAGUUCUAUGUCCCUGCAGAAAUCAUCAUCCCCUUCACCAUCUCCCAGGUGCCAAAGGGCUGGGCACUGCCUGUGGACCUGUCCAUCCGCCUUGCCAUGGUCUGCCUGACAUGCAUCCUGGCCAUCCUCAUCCCCCGCCUGGACCUGGUCCUCUCCCUGGUGGGCUCCGUGAGCAGCAGCGCCCUGGCCCUCAUCAUCCCGCCCCUGCUGGAGAUCAGCACCUACUGCUCAGAGGGCAUGAGCCCCCUCACCAUCGCCAAGGACGCCCUCAUCAGCAUCCUGGGCUUCGUGGGCUUCGUGGUGGGGACCUACCAGGCCCUGGAUGAACUGAUUGAGUCAGAAGACUUUCUCACCAUUUCCAACUCCACCAUUUUUAGUCAGUGAGAAUGGCACCACUCUUCACCCACCAGUGCCUGACU